UUUUUCAAUUUAAAAAACAUUUUAAGGAUCCAGUUCAACAGGAUUUGGCAUUUAAAUUUAUGAAGAAUAUUCUCCCACGAAAGGAACAACAAAUAUUAAAAAUCUUUGACCAAUUUUCAAAUACUAAAAUUACAACAAACCCACAAAUUAAUGAAAAUCGAGAACAACAAAUUAUUAGAAUGUGCUGUGAACGUUUAGAAGAAAUUCGCUCGCUUUAUUUGGAACAAAUUGAGGAUACAACAACUGGCCGUAGAACUUGGAUUUUUGCAAAAGGAAUUGUUGAUAUUUUUGUGAAUGAAGCUUGGAUUUUGAUACCAAUCCGUAAAGUUUUGGAUGCUGUUAAUCAGCGAGGUUCAACUACCCCAACAUUGGAUGAUGUUGAAAUUAUUUAUUUAUGUUUACUUUGGACAGUUGCUCUGUUUUUGGAAAAACCAACACUUUUUAAGGCUCUAACUUCUGUCAAUGCUUUUUGUGUUCGUUUAGCGGAGGUUUUUUUAAUUGGUCCAGAAAUAUUUUGUAAUGAAGCAAUAAAUGAAUUAAUUGGAAUUAUUUUAAAGAAAUUUUUAAUUGAAUCAGCAAACAAAAAAAUGUUAAAAUUUCAAUUGGAAGACACAAUUGCUGGUUUGGAUGCUUUUAUGCCUUUUUUUGUUGAUUUACUUAAAUGUUUUGAAGAAUUUUCUAAUGGAAAUGAAAAUUUUGGAUUAAUAAUUCUUUUGAUUAUUUAUUUAAAUAAUUCUCCAAAAAUUAAUAAAUUAAAAAUGGCACAAACACUUUGGUCGUUACAAAGAAAUGUUGUUAGGCAAAUGAAUAUUUUAAUUAAUGAUAAUAAUGGAAAAUUUGUGGUAAAUUAUUUUUUAAUUUUUAAAAAAGUUUAA